AUGAACAAUAUGAUUUUGGUUCGCGUUAGAAAACCGGCACUUUCUACCACCAUAGCCUUGGCUCUAGGAGGAUCAGUUGCAUUUAUUGCGUGGUGGCUAUUCAAUCGUUCUUCGCGUCGAAGCAAAUCUUUCGAUACCGAUGAGUCUUACGAUCGUGCACCGAAGAUACAUGCUUCGCAGUAUGGAUUAACACAAUCUGGAUUUAGGAGUGGGCAGUCAGAGAAAAGCAUGUCUCUUCGAUCACGUUCUUCUUUUAAUCCACAACUAUUUGGAAGUCGCCAGAGGCAGUCUUCACGUGAUGCAGUUAGUACCUGCGCGGGAUCGGAAUUCGGCAGACCAGCCACAAUGAUGGAAUGUGGUAGCAUCGGUUUGGAUACUUUGAAUAUUAUUAUUGAACAACUGGAAGAGUGUAUGCAUCAUAUGACUGAGGCACAUGAACGGUUGAACAAGAGCGAACGUUCUUCCAGCUGCGAGAUGUUUAUAGAGGAACUUCAGAGCUUCCUUGGGACGUCAUAUCUUCUCCGCGAGCGUUAUAAACGCGUUUUUAUUCAACAGGCUCCCCAGCCGCUCCCAGACAUACCAUCCCUAGAUGCUUUAUCAGAAGACGAUACUGCUUCCUUCGUCUCGGCACUGGAGGAAAUUGAUUUUUCUGAACUAGAGAUUCAACUGAUGUCAAAUUUCCACCGUCCGCUUUACAGAUCGGCCUUAAAAGAACUGAAUGAAGGGAAUGCCGCUUUCAGGUCCGUGCGAACGGAGUUGAUGCAAUGCGAUUCGGACGUGGAGUACUUGGGCAAACUAAUCUGCGUCCGGCAAGGGUUCGACUUGCUUUUGUCUUGCCAAGACCCCGUGAAAUGGCUCACUCAGACAUUCUCUUCGCUGGCCUGUGGAAUUCUUAGUUGUUUAGGCUACUCUUCAGAAGAAUUCGAUGAUGCCUUCAAAGCACUGAUAGAUUUUAUGAAAGGAUCACGAUCACCUGAAGCACGGAACCAGCUUGUCGAUGAAUUGUACAACAAGGGCGUCCAAACUCUCAAUUUUUAUGACAUCGUCUUCGACCGCCUUCUACUUGAUGCCCUGGAGAAUCUCGGCAAUCCACCCUCCUCCAUCCUCGUUCUUACCCGUAAUAACUGGCUAAGUACCAGCUUUAAGAAGUCAGCGCUUGAUUCGGCAGUCUGGACCCUGCUCACAGCUAAACGCAAGUUACUGCAAUAUCCAGACGGCUUCUUCGCCCAUUACUAUCGUGUUGUAGAGACCGUUGCUCCUGCCCUUGCUUGGGGCUUUCUCGGCCCUGAUGAGUCCACCAAAGGCUUCUGUGAUAUUAUCCGUGAAGAUCUGAUGGCAUUUGUCCGCAACCUUUUUGUAUUCGCUGCUGACUCCAAUGAUUGCGGUAAUGAUGGAAGCGUUUGGGAGCGCACGCUUUCUGGCGAGCAGUUGUUUCCAACCGCCUCUGAAGACGUGGUGACUAACAGUGGUGGAGAUUUGAAGGAGAAUGGGAAGGAUAACCCAGAGGUACACCAUGAAGACGACGCAGAUGACGACGACGAUGGGGCGACCAUAACUGCGGAAGACUUUACAGAAGGCUCCCGAUCGAAAACCACACAGCCGGACGCCUACGGCGGUCUGCGCUUCACGACGAUUGAGAACCUGACAACUGACCUGUAUGCCAGUGUUGGCAUUCUCGAACGACACCUCUAUCAACACAUUGUCGAGUUUGCGUCAGAUGCGAGCCUGGACGUCUACGACGCUCUUCGCGAGCCAAUGGCUCAACCCCCCUUGCGAUAG